AACAGGUUCUGUGACUGAUUGUGGAGGGAAUCACGCAUCUGAGCUGCACGGCACAGCUCACAGACCCUGCUAUUGCACUGUAAUAGCAAGCUGUCUGCCAAAGUCUAGGGGGUCUGCUUCCAUUAGCAAUGCACAUUACAGAGCUAAACAGGGAGUGCCUUCUCCAUUUAUUCUCCUUCUUGGACAAGGAAAGCCGCAGAAGCAUUUCUCUGACCUGCCUCCUCCUCAGGGAAGUGUUCCUUGACGCGGCCCUCUGGCCUGUGCUAAGCUUUCACUCUCCCUGCGAGCUGAAGAGGGAUAACUUUGUGCUCGGGUCGUCUCUGAGGUAUCUCUCUGUCUGCUGGCAUUCCAGCAGGGUCAAAGUGUGCAACAUUGAGGACUGGAUGAAAACCAUGUUCCAGAAGGAUAUCUGCAGAAAGCACGAGACCCUCGUCAGCGAUUUCUUAUCCAAGGUUUGUAACAGGUGCCCCAAUCUCCUGUCUUUGACGCUCUCCGGCUGUGGACAUAUCACUGACCGGGAUGUCGCUCGCGUCCUGCAGAGCUGCGCAGGGCUGCGCUGCCUGCGACUGGAGAACUGCGUGCGGGUCACGGACGAGGCCCUGCGGGCCGUGGUCGCCUACGGACACAGUCUGCAAACCGUCCAGGUAGACUUUUGCCGCAACGUGACCCGUGCGGGACUGCAGCGGAUACAAGACAGGCGCCCUUCCAUCCAUCUGAGUGCGGAGAGGAGUGCGGACAUGAUUCCCGACAUCAAGCAGGAGGAAAAAGUACCGUUCGGACGAACGCUGCAAAAAUUACUCCAGUAUUCCUGAAACUAGUGUUUUGUUAUUAUGGAUCCCAAAGGACAGCGAUAAAAUAUUCUAAGCCUGUCUUUGGUCAUUAUGAAUGUUCCUUUCUCUCACUCCCGAGGUAUGGGCCUAAAGAGUAGUAGUUACUGUAAUUAAGUGUCAUUCAAUUAAAGACAACACGUUUUUCUUGAUUUCUAAUCUCACAUUCCUCUUUUGAAUUUAAAUGUUUUUUUUUAUAUUUAAUUCUUUGAGUGUUGUGUCUUGCUCUUUCUAAUGAUAUGAUCUCAGGGAGGUUGUGUUAUGAAUUAUGGCCCAUACUAGUGUUUCAGAUUUCUGUUUGUGUCCGUGGUAUCUUGUCAUUUAUAUGAAUUUAAAUUAAAAAUCAGGACAAUAAACUUUUGUUUCAGUGUUGUACAUACAAAGGCAAUAACAAUAAAACCAAAGUGCUUAAUUAUUCAAAUAUAGCACAAAUGUUUAAAACGG